GUCUGGUGUACACACACACACACACACACACACACCUGUCUGGAGAAAGGAAAACAUUAUAAACUCUCGGACACACUCUGGUUUUAUUGCUAAGCUCUAAGAUCUGGAAAGUCUUCUGGAAAGAGAGAUUUAAAUCAGGAUAAUAUGAAGAUUGCAGUUUUCCCGCCAGUGUUUCUCCUGCUGUUAAUGCACAGUGCUCCUGUUGCUCCUGUCAUAGUCACCACUUCGAACUCCAGAGUAGAAGUGGAGGAAAACGCAGGCACGAGUCUUUCCUGUGAUUUUAAGACAGAGAAAGAUCGGCAUCCUCGCAUCGAGUGGAAGAAAAAGGACAAGGACACCUCCUUUGUCUACUUCAAUGGGAGCUUCACAGAUCCUUUUGUGGGACGUGCAAGGAUUGAAGGGGCAACAAUAAAAUUAGAAAAAGUGAGACUAACGGAUGCCGGAGAGUAUCGCUGUGAGGUCAGCGCUUCUGAAGACGAAAUCAAGCUGGGAGAGGCCAGUAUCUUUCUAAACGUGUUGGUACCUCCACACACCCCGUCCUGUCAGAUCCCGAGCUCUGCACUGACCGGAUCUGUAGUGGUGCUGCGCUGUGAGGACAAGCAAAGCAUUCCUCCUGCAAGAUACACAUGGUACAAAGACAAGAAGCCUGUCUUUCCACCACCUCAAGGCAAUGCCACUUACUCUGUCAGCAAGGAGACAGGCAUUCUUACUUUUCAUACAGUUACUAUAGCUGACACAGGACUAUACCACUGUGAGGCCAACAAUGGGGUAGGAAAAUCAAAGAGCUGUGUAGGAAAUCGCAUGACAAUCGACGAUCUCAAUGUUUCUGCGAUUGUAGCCGGGAUUGUCAUUUUGUGCCUGAUCAUAGGGUUAUGCACUCUCGGGGCGUGUUAUGCACAUCGACAUGGCUACUUUAACCGACACAGAGGAAGGUCAUUCUGGAUCCAACAGUGUCAUGGAGUGGCUCACAUCAGCAGCCAGAACCUCAACAGAUCAGAGGACAUCCCUCAUGCUGGUUAUGGACCUCCUUCACAAAAUGUUCAGGACUUCAAACACACACAGUCAUUUAUGCUGUAAGGAUCCUUUAAAGCUUCGUUAAAUCCACCAUGCGGCAUUUACAGUCCCUGUGGAACUGGAGACUGCAGCUUAUCUUACUGUGGCUGUGAACAAGACAACGAAAACCUUCCAUGAACAUUUGUCUUGAGUGUAGCUCUCCUUGAAGAAAAAAAAAAAGACUCACUGAAAAUGGAGCAACCACUGACCUACUGUACUUCCCCCCCCACGCCCCCUGGUGGAUGUACUGUAAUAUGCACACAUCCUCAUAAAUGAAAUGUGCAACAGUUUUUAUUAUUAUUAUUAUUAUUAUUAUUAUUAUUAAAUUUAAAAAAAGAUGAGCCUUCCUAAAACACAUUAGUGUAAAGCUCAUGUUUUCACAGAAUUUAUGAACUGCAUCUACUUGUGCCUUGCAAACCGAGCAUUACUAGGACGCUAGAUUCAUUGGUUAGUAAAUAAACUCACACGAAACAUCUCGGUCACUAAUCAAGAAUUAAGCUUUCUAGAAUGCCUCCCAUGAGUGAAACGAUCUGUAUUUAAGACUGUGUAUUUGUAUUUGGAAUUGUGCCUUUUUUGUUUCAUCUGUACAGUAACUGUUUUGGUUGAAAUGCAUGAAUGAUUUGCUGUAUAUUUUCUCAGUAUUAAACCUUU